CGUUUCACGAGGCGGGUUUCCUUCCAUCCAWCAAGCCCAUUCKUUUGCGUUUAGCAGCUACGGUAGCCGAAACAGAGGCACCACCAAAAGCCUCUUCCCGCAGCAAGAGAGAGGGUGGAUAYCGGGCACAACAAGGAAGAUUCCCACCACUGCAAUGGCUUCGUUGACUUCAUCGGCGUUAUCGUCGGCGAAUGAUUCCUCAACAGCAGCACCCGUCGUCCGAUUCGUCGACAUYGGUGCCAACCUCUUGGACUCGAAGUAUACGGAAGGCGUCUAUUUUGGAAAGAAACGCCACGAGCCGGACUUUGACGAAGUUCUUGCUCGAUCCGUCCGACAGGGUGUCACCCAUAUCAUUCUGACGGCCGGGACUCUGGCCGAAAGCCGCGAGGCAGUGAGCGUAGUGCAGGAGUACCGCACCAAAUGGCAAGAAGAAGAUGCCCCGCCUCCCCUGUUCUUGGGGUGUACCGUGGGCGUCCAUCCCACCCGGUGCCAGCAAGAAUUCAUCGACAACCUGGAUGGCGAGACGGCGCAAGAAACGGAACCGAGAACCGCCGACCACGUCCUCGACGACUUGUUUGCACUGAUGUCGGACGCCUUUGAUCGCGGAUACAUCGUGGCGAUCGGUGAAAUCGGUCUCGAUUACGACCGGCUCGAGUUUUCUCCCAGGGACGUCCAGAUCGAGUUUUUCCGGCGCCAGCUGGACCGUUUCCUGUACGGGGAUCGACCGGAGAUGGGCAGCCUUCCCCUUUUUUUGCACAACCGUAGCGUCGGCACCGAUGUCCUCGAUAUCCUAAAAGAAAACCGAGCAAGGGUCAAUUCCCACUCGCAGGCACCGGUCCCCAUCAAGGGCGUCGUUCAUUCCUUUGACGACAGCCUCGAGCUGGCGCGGGAAUUCAUCGAUCUGGGCCUCUACAUCGGCUUGAACGGUUGCUCGCUCAAGACGGAGGAAAACCUGGCCGUCGUGAAGGAAUUGCCGCUGGAACGGAUCCUCCUGGAGACGGAUUGUCCGUACUGCGAGAUCAAGGCGACCCACGCCGGGCACCAGYACGUGAAGACGACCUUYCCCAAGAAGGCCGACAAGAAAUUCGAGCUGGGAACGAUGGUGAAGGGCCGGAACGAACCGUGCCAGAUCGUCCAGGUCGCGGAGGUGAUUGCCGGCGUCAAGGGAAUCACGGUCGAGGAGGUGGCGGAACGAUGCUACGCCAAUUCGAUGGAGCUCUACGGAAACGCGUUUGGGAAGGCGUGACGGGCGAGUCGUCCGGGCCACAGAACAUCAAAC